AUGACCAAAUCACCAGAAAUCCCUAUUCUUGUCCCCAUCUGCUGUAUGAUUCUAACUAUAACGCCGACAAUCAUAAUGACUACGGCCGUAUAUACAGAUUCGAUUACAGCGGGACCAUCGCCUGCAUCAUGGACUGCCCAAACAUCAUCACCAAACAACAUUUCCAUGGCAUUCACGCCUUCUCGACAAACGAUUACAAUCCCAAUUGAAGAGUCAUUCUUCCUACUACUGUCUAUUACUGCUACAGCCGCUAUACUGGGAGCAUCGCUAGUUACCCCGAUCUCACAUAAUCUAAACUCUUGUCACCAUCGUCACCAUAAUCAACCACAUAAUAGUAAUAUCAAUAAUACCAGACCAACGUCACCGUCAUCAGGCCCUGAAAUGAAACGUCUUCAAUCCUCCGUAAACCACCUCUCAAAACGCCGAGACGUGCUUCUCCAAGAAAUCACAUCACUCCGUAAAGAUGUCGUGUAUGAACGUGAAUCGCGCUCUGUAAUCGAACGAGCCUUCCAGGAACGUGUCAAGAGAGUCGAACUAGAUCUAGAGUUUAAGGAUACUGAGGUGCUGCAGUUGCGUGAUCGGGUCCAGGAUUUGGAGGAUCAGAUUGAAGACAUGUCGUAUUCUAAUGGUAGUGCUACAGCAGCUGUCGCGGUACCUAUAGCAGCACAACGACCAACGGUGAUAACUAAACGGAGUACCGACGAUGCAGAUGAUGAUGACGAUGACGGAGAAGACGUGAACGAAGAAUCGGGGUCAGGAUCAGAUCAGGACUCGGCAUCAUCUGUAGACUCGACACAAAUGUUUUUCAUUCCAUCUCAUUUAUUGCCGUUAACGUCACCGUAUUGUGUCAACAUGUCUGCUCAAGUCGAUACGUUUAGAAAGACGGCCACGGAAAAGAUUUUCCAGUCGUUGGUUUGUAAUGUUGCGCCUGUUAGUAUCGUUACGGAUUUGGAAGAGCUGGCUAAUCGGGCGCUGCCGUAUACCCAUGUGAAUAAUAAUACCAAUAGUAGUAAUAUUAGUAGUAGUGGUCAUCCUAGUAGUAGUAAUUCAACCACUCAACAGCAUCUGGAUCAACAAUGUCUAAACCCAAAGGAAAUGAAUGCCGAGGAACGGAUGAGAGAGUGUCUGGGUGUUGCUGGUAGAGGCAUGGUUGUUUUUCUUGAAAAGAAGACGUUUGAUGAAGAUGUGAUGCAUCAGACUCUGGCUCGAUAUACUCCAUUAUUUAACGCAUUUACUGAAUCUGACGCAGACCAAGUAUACCUCUUACAAACAUUGGAAACAUUUGGUGAUCCAUCACCUGCCACCCGAAACUCGCAUUUUGCUAAACUGCUGAUGGGAAUGUAUCGUGCAGAGAUUGUUGAACCUAAUGCUGUUGUGGAAUGGUUUCAGCUUGCUGGUGGUGCCAGUGUAGAUAAUGUGAGAGCCAAGUGCAAAAAGUUUGUGGAUUGGCUCAAAUCAUCCAUGGAGGAGGACUCUGAUUCUGACGAUGAUGAUGAAGAAGAGGACAAUGCUGAUGACGAAGAUGGUGAUGCCGACGAUAAAAAGCAAGAUACCGCUCAGAAUAUCGAACUUCCGCCGAUAGCUAGCCGUCGUCCAACACCACCACCUAGUGUCAGUGAGCCAGAAGCAGAGGCAGAAAAGGAACUCAGAGCAAAGAAUCGACCUGUGUCGUUAAUUGGAAUUGCCAUGUCUCGUGCUAGUAGUCGGUCGAGUGAUGGUAGUAGCAGUGAUUAUGCAAAGAAGCAAGUCACGUUUUGUGAACAAAAAUAA